AUGCCUUCGUCCUCGGAAUACCUACGCGCUCACGAUCGUGCGAGCAUCGAGACCGACGACGACGAUCUCGACCUAGAAGAGCUGGAUCCCUCCUCGGCAUACAAUAACGCACCAAGGAUCUCACGGGAUGAGCCAGUCCAACAAAGGAGUCAUGGUGGUCCAGGGAUAGCGCUAAGGAAUCUGCGCGUGGGCGCUGGAAAUCGCCGGUUAUGGAAGCGGAGUAUGUCCGGGACACACGAGGAGGAUACAGCUGGACUACUUGAGGAUCGUGAAGAAGAGGAUAGAGGUCUCCGACCGUCGCAUGCAAGUUCUCGACCUUAUACCGACGACGAUGCACCACUCCUUGACCGCCGAAGCUCCGUACGAAGCGUACGCUCAGUUGCCGAUGGAGGACGGACGCCACAGCGGAAAUCUCGGCUGGGAUGGCUGAAACCGAGUGCGAUCCUUGGUGGAUUACACGGUACAAUAGGGGGUGGGAAGAAUGCGGCGGAUGUAGUGAAGCCCCCGCGCGAUGUCCUUGUUGGCCAGGUGCAACGAACGAAAUACCCCCCGAAUGUGGUCUCGAAUGCGAAGUAUACGCCUUGGAGCUUUCUGCCUCGCACGCUUUACAACGAGUUCUCGUUCUUCUUCAACAUCUAUUUCUUGCUUGUUGCGCUGUCGCAGAUCAUUCCGGUGCUCAGGAUAGGGUAUAUGUCUACGUAUAUUGCGCCUCUGGCCUUUGUAGUGUCUAUAUCCCUGGGGAAAGAGGCUUUGGAUGAUAUUGGGCGACGAAGACGGGACGCGGAAGCCAAUGCGGAGGAGUUCUCUGUGCUUGCACUGGAUAAGUCCGGUGGGAGCAGGGCUUUUCCAGUUUCUGAAGACCCCGGUGCGAAUGUUCCGGUGAUUAUAAAAAGAUCCCGAGAUUUGAAAGUCGGUGACGUCUUGAAGGUCCGCAAGAACCAGCGUCUUCCUGCGGAUGUUGUGAUUUUAAAGAGCGUUUCCAAUGAUGCUACAGUGGCACGAGGGUCCCAGGAGACAGCCGCUGCUGCCGAAAUCGAUCGUGCGAAUAACGAAUCAUCUUCUUCUGCUCUUGAGCAGGGUCAAGGAGCAAGUGCUGGUGUCGCUCAAGCGGAUGAGUCCUCUGCCAGCGACACGUUCAUUCGAACCGACCAACUUGACGGUGAAACGGAUUGGAAACUACGACUACCGUCUGCCUUGUCUCAGACGCUUUCGCUAGAGGAUUUCACGAGGCUAAAGAUUACGGCAAGCGGACCGGACAAACGAGUCAACGAAUUUGUUGGCAACAUCGAGCUUCUGCCGCCAUCAGGGUUCUAUGAUCCGCACGUUGACAAGUCGGAGGAUAGAAACCAAGAUGAAGAUGAGACGGAGCAGAAUAGUUCUGCGCCGCUUUCAAUUGACAAUACCGCUUGGGCUAAUACUGUUCUCGCAUCGAACACUAUCACCUACGCUGCUAUCAUCUAUACCGGGUCUCAGACACGAGCUGCGCUUUCAACGUCUCCUUCGCGGUCAAAGGUUGGACUGUUAGAGUAUGAGAUCAAUAACUUAACCAAGAUUCUGUGCGCUUUGACUUUGACCCUUUCGAUAAUUCUGGUUGCUUUGGAGGGAUUUCAGCCGACGAAUGAUAAGGUGUGGUAUGUCGCCAUUAUGAUUUAUCUGAUUCUGUUCUCGACGAUCAUUCCUAUGAGUCUUCGGGUCAACCUGGAUAUGGCGAAAUCCGUAUACGGUCGAUUCAUUGAACGGGACAAGGACAUUCCGGACACCGUGGUCAGAACGAGCACGAUCCCGGAAGACCUUGGUAGGAUUGAAUAUCUUCUCUCGGAUAAGACGGGCACUCUGACCCAGAACGAGAUGGAAUUGAAGAAGAUCCAUGUUGGCACUGUCUCUUAUGCAAAUGAUGCGAUGGAGGAGGUAGCAUCAUAUGUUCGACAGAGCUUUGCUGGAAACACCCUGACAACUGCCGCGGCUGCAUUCGGAACUCAAGCAGGACUUGGGGCAGCGCCACGUACGAGACGAGAGAUUGGUUCGCGCGUCCGAGAUAUUGUCCUAGCACUUGCAUUGUGUCACAACGUCACCCCAACCACGGAUGAAGAAGAUGGAGUGAAGGUCACAAGCUAUCAAGCUUCAUCGCCAGACGAGAUCGCCAUUGUACGCUACACUGAAGAGGUUGGAUUGAAGGUGUCCUAUCGUGACCGUCAAACGAUUGUCCUCGAGUCUACGGAUACUGGUAAUGUUGUCGUACGGGUGCGCAUACUUGAUAUCUUUCCCUUUACUUCCGACAGCAAGCGCAUGGGCAUCAUUGUCCGAUUCGAAACGGACAAGGGUAUCCUUGAAUCCCCAUCGGACGAGGAGGAGAUCUGGUUCUAUCAGAAGGGAGCGGAUACUGUGAUGACCUCGAUUGUUGCGGCCAAUGAUUGGCUUGAUGAAGAAACGGCUAAUAUGGCUCGAGAAGGCUUGCGGACACUGGUGGUAGGACGGAAGCGGCUUUCGUCAAUGCAGUAUCAAGAAUUCGCUAGCAAGUACAAGCAGGCAUCCCUUUCGCUCCAAGGGCGAGAUAUUGGCAUGCAAAAGGUGGUUAGCGAGUACCUUGAGCAUGAUCUGGAACUUCUUGGUGUCACUGGUGUGGAGGACCGUCUUCAGCGGGAUGUCAAGCCUUCGCUCGAGCUUCUUCGCAACGCCGGAGUCAAGAUCUGGAUGCUUACUGGUGACAAGGUCGAAACCGCGCGUUGUGUUGCGAUUUCCGCAAAACUGGUGGCCCGUGGACAGUAUAUCCAUACUGUUGCCAAGGUUAAAGACAAGCCAGCUGCCCAGGAAGCACUGGACUUCCUCCGAAACAAGACCGACUGCUGUCUGCUCAUUGACGGCGAGUCCCUGGCGCUCAUGCUCAACCAGUUUCGAUCGGCAUUCAUCUCAGUUGCUGUUCUUCUUCCCGCUGUGAUUGCAUGCCGAUGCUCGCCUACUCAGAAGGCUGAAGUGGCCGAUCUGAUCCGCCAUCAUACCAAGAAGCGCGUCUGCUGCAUUGGCGAUGGUGGCAACGACGUGUCCAUGAUCCAAGCUGCCGAUGUAGGUAUCGGUAUCGUUGGAAAGGAGGGCCGGCAGGCUUCACUUGCGGCUGAUUUCAGUAUCACCCAGUUCCAUCAUGUCACAAAACUGCUGGUAUGGCAUGGACGAAACUCGUACAAGCGCUCAGCCAAAUUGGCGCAGUUUAUCAUGCACCGUGGUCUCAUCAUCAGCGCUUGCCAGACCAUGUACAGCAUCGCCAGCCACUUCGACCCGAAAGGUCUGUUUAUCAACUGGCUCAUGGUCGGAUACGCCACAGUUUACACAAAUGCGCCUGUCUUCUCCCUUGUCCUCGAUCGCGACGUGGACGAACAAUUGGCCAACCUCUACCCCGAGCUCUACAAAGAACUCAAGACUGGUCGUAGUCUAAGCUACCGCUCUUUCUUCACUUGGGUGUUAGUGUCCGUCUACCAGGGCGCCGUGAUCCAGGGCCUGUCCCAAAUCCUCCUCGACACCAUCACCGGCCAGCGGCUCAUCAGUGUGUCAUUCACCGCUCUCGUACUCAACGAGCUUCUCAUGGUAGCCAUCGCCAUUACAACCUGGCAUCCCGUGAUGAUAUUCUGCCUCUUGGGUACGGCCCUGGUGUACGCCGCUAGCGUGCCCUUCCUUGGCGAGUACUUCGACCUUAGCUAUGUGAUUACGCUAGACUGGCUCUGGCGCGUGGUAGCUGUGACGGCUGUUGCUAUCAUCCCUGUGUGGGCUGCGAAGCUGAUCAAGCAGUCUUGGAGUCCGCCGAGUUAUCGGAAAGUGCGCGGAUAG